AUGCCCGCCACCACUGAAACCCCCGGCCAUAUCCCUGUCUCCGAAUGGCCCAACCUCGAGGCUCUCGCUGUCGGCUACGACGAGCAUCUGAUGAGUGCGUGUGGAAGACUCACCGGGCAAACGCUCACUCUGGUUUUCCCCAAAGCCCCACGUGUCGCGCACCGCUUCCUCAACGAUCACACCCUGGAGUGGGAGGUCCUGUCCACCAACCAGCGGGGGCACGCCGAGUACCAAGCCUUCGAAGUCCGACCCAAUAUAUUCUUCGUCGACCUUUACAAACCGGACUAUGAGGAACAGGUCACUUUGGUGCUGAAUCAGACCACCGGUCAAGCCGUCGUUGCACUCUCCGGCUUUCACACUGUCAACGGGACCAAAAGGACAUACACGACGUUCUCCGAUGCCGCUCUCGACGGGAUGGACGGCGCUCGCCCUUUUGAGCUCACGGAAGAUCUGAUUGGAAAGCACAUCCUCUACCGCUAUACCUCGCGGGACGCGUACGAGCAUGUGUACUUGAACCAAGGCACAUUCACGUGGCAUUGCCUGACCGGAACGGAGAAAGGGCUGGCAGAUACCGAGCCGUGCAAGAUGCUCAAGUUGAGAGAGAAGUUGUAUCUCCUGUUUUGGAGUGAGAAAGUCAUGCCGGUCGAAUCCGUGGUGGUGGUAGAUCUGGAGCAGAUGCGGUCCACGGGGCGAUUCUUCUGCUGGGAUCCAAAGCCGGCGAAAUUGGUGCAGAUGCGGUUCGGAUCGUAUGCGACGGUGUUGGCCGAGACGGAUGCCACGCGGGUUGUGCAGUCGAAGACAAGUCACCUUUGA